GCGUCGGCCGAAGAGAGCACCCGGCAGAAGGCCCGCUCCUCGCUGAUCCAAGCCGCAAAGGACGGCAGUCUGGAGAAGUCGCUGCAAGACUUCAAGGAGAAAGCCGCGAUGCCAGAGGCGACUGCGAGUGAGACGAUGGAAGCAAAGGAGAUUGCGACUCCAGCGGUGGCAGAAACUGCAGUGGCCGAGGUGCCGGAGCCAGCUCCCGGCGCGACGGAAGAGCCCACUGCUGAGGCAUUGCCAUCCGCCAAGGGCAAGGCCAAGGGCCUUGCCAAAGGGCCUGGCAAGGGCCCGCCCGCCAAAGGCAAGGGCAAAGCGACGGCCGAAGAGAGCACCCGGCAGAAGGCCCGCUCCUCGCUGAUCCAAGCCGCAAAGGACGGCAGUCUGGAGAAGUCGCUGCAAGACUUCAAGGAGAAAGCCGCGAUGCCAGAGGCAGCGAGCACACCGGAAGCAGCUGCUCCUGCCAAGGAAGAGGCCACUGCCGAGGCGCCCGUGGCAGCGAAGGGCAAGGCCAAGGGCCCCGCCAAGGGUCCGGGCAAGGGCCCACCUGCGAAAGGGAAGGGCACGGGUGUCGCUGCUGCUCCUCCAGAGAAUGAGCAGAAGGAGGCAGCCACCGCGGAUGCGCUGGAAGCAAAGGAAGUUCCGGUAGCUGCGGUGGUGACAGCAGAAGCACCAGCUGAG